AUGUCGAGGCCGCCGGUACCCAACCGCAUCCAUCAACUCCCAGUGCGCGUCUCCUACUACAUACCCCAUUCCGACCAGUCCUAUUCAAUCAUUUUCCCCACGCUCCUCAACGUCUAUAUCCACCCCAGCGCGAACGAGGCCGGCGACGAGGUAUGGGGGUCUACAUAUCUCAAAAUGGUCGUGAAGGGUGUCUUGGGUGCCAGUCCCGAGCUGUAUCCAGCCUACCCAUCCGCAUCCGACCUCUCUCUCUACGUGCUCGAUCCCCGCGAGACCUUCUUCCGACAGACGCGUGGACAAGGGAGCACCGACCGCUCGAGUAAUAGCGAAGUGUGGACCGGCAAAGGCCUGGUGUCAUGGGCGCUUGCGGAGGCUGGGAUCGGAAAGAACUUGAUCGUGGGGCGACUGCAAGAGGAUGUGGCGUUUGCGAAUAUUGGCAAAGUGUCGCACCUGUCGGCGCUCGAGCAGCUCAUGGAGGCGGACCGGGCUGGUUCGAAGGGAGAGGCAGGGUGGGGGAUUGACAUUUCGAUGGGCCUCAACCUAGGAUCGGGCGGGCCGCCUGCUGCCUUUCGACGAUCCCAGUCUAGCUCGAGGUUGGUACGGAGGUCAUCGAGCGUCGCGGCGGAGGAAUACCAAACGCAACGGUCGCGCCCAAACGUUUCGCGACACCUGUAUGACCAAGCAGGCUCUUCGUCCGGUCUCAAGCCCGAGGCAAUGUCGCGUGCGGGCUCAAGCACUUCAAGAACGGGUCACGUUUCGCGACAGCUCUUCAGCUCUGAGCCUGCAUCUCUGCCCAGGAAUGCCCCGUUAUGUACCCCUGACCUGGGGGUCAGCAGCCCCGCGCUGACACCAUGUCCCCAUCCGGUAUCCAACACGCUCGUGAGAGAGCCCUCACAACGCCCCACCCCUCUUAUCACCCGCCCCGGCGCCAUGGUCCCUAGAUCUGUACCUCCCAAGAAACGCGCGCCUCCACGAAAACCACCAGCGCCAUCAUCAGACAACCCAAUCCUCCACGACGCGUUUUCGAGCCUGGGCGAAAACUGUCUUGGUGAACCUGAUAAUCUGACACGGGAGGAAGCUCAGCGUCUGCUCGCCAACCCUGAAUUCCUCUCCAUCCUGGGCAGGAUCACGGGGACGUCGUAUACCGGGCCGUCAGAUCCACAGUUGGGCGACAAGCGCAAGAGGGCUGAUGAGGACGGGAACGCACAGCCAAAGAAGAAGCGGGGCAGACCGACGAAAGCGGAAAAGGCAGAGCGAGAUGCAAGAGCCGCAGCGCAGGCGUUGGCUGCUAAGGUGAAGGAGCUGGCGGAAGCGCCAGAUAGGGAAGAUGCGGCGUGCUGGAACUGUAAGCGGACGCAAAGUCUGAUAUGGAGAACAAGAGUGCUUGACGAUGGGAAGAGGAUCCGGGUUUGCAAUGCGUGCGGCUUGUACUGGAAUAAGGCCGGGACUAUGCGCCCUGCAAACUUGUGGGUGGCAGAUGAUGACGAGGAAUCUCGCGCAGCGGGCAGGCUACCUGCUUCCGCCACUGGCUACUUGAAUCAACCCACCGUGAUCUCCAUCAAUCGUUCACAGGAAUCAUUCAAGCGCACUCUGUCUGCUGCGGUCAACCAGGAUGCUGAGCGCCUGGCUCGACACAAGGGACGUCAAGUAUCUACGUGCAAGCUGGGUCCUAUGACUUCGCCCCCACGAGGGUCUGCUUCCGCGUCCAACUCGUUCCGACAGUCGGCAGCUGUUAGCUCGCCAGGGAAAAAUCUGGGCGUGUUUGACAAGUCGUUCGAGGCCGAAGGAACCGACGCCAGCCCCAAAGAUGCGCCAGUGCUGCCAAAAUCUGUGCCACACCCCCAACCGCUCAGGCACAAUGCACCUGUCGAUUCGACUAUACAAACGCUCAACUUGCCUCUGAGCGAUGACGGGCCGCAUGGUCAGAAUAGCGGGCAAGUGGAGGAGUGGAAUGACCAAGUGUCGGCAUUCUUUGAUGUCGAAGGGUUCUCGAUGGCGCCGAUGACCGACGGGCUGCUUGAUCAUCGUCCAAGUAUCAGUAUCCAUGGCCCACAUCGGUCUAUCCCGAUCCACGCGACGUCCUCCUCUAUGAUUGACAAUCAUAUGCCAACCGACUCUUCGUUGGAAGAAGACACUGUGCUGUCCGAGUUGUUCAACAGGACGUCAUCCAUGGCGGAAUCGUCCCCGAUAGCAUUCGAUUUUUCACAACUCCCGCCCUCUUCCCCACCCCUCUCUGUGCUGAGCUCGGAUGCGCUUCCUCAUUCAGCAUUGCUCCUGUCCAGCCCGAUGAAAAAGUACAGCCCGAGUGUAUCUGGACAGACGCCAAGCGCAUCAGGUCUGACACCGGUCGACGCUAGUCGUUUGCUGCCGAGCAAUUCGAAACUGCGAAACGAGGUGGAGGAUGAUAAUGAGAUGGGACUUUACGACGAAAUAAUGAAGAGUAUGGGGGGUAUGGCGGGCGGGGUGGACAAGGAAGGAGAGACGAGCAGCGUGAGCGCACAAUUGCACGAGACGAGUGGAGAGGGCAUUUUCGCUGCUUUCAGCGUCUGA